CUAACCUUCGCCAACGAUAGUUUUGAUGGGUCGAUGAUGAAUGGCCUGCAGGCAGUGGAAAGUUGGCGCAGCUAUUUUGGACAACCCAAAGGAGCUACCCUGGGUUUAUUCAAUGCUGCCUAUCCAAUCGGUGGCCUGGUGGCUAUUCCGUUCAUAUCAUUUGUGUGUGAUAGUUUUGGUCGACGUGCUGGUCUUUCCCUUGGUGCAAUCAUCUGCUGCGUAGGGGCAGCACUCCAAAGUGCCGCGCAGAACCUCGAAAUGUUCGUGGUUGCUCGCGGGAUUCUAGGCUGCGGAACAGUCUUCCUUGGGGCAUCUGGCGCCCCCUUGAUCACAGAGAUCGCACACCCAGCGCACCGAGCUACAGCAACGGCUAUGUUCAACACAACGUACUCCCUCGGAGCAAUUGUUGCGGCUUGGUCAACCUUCGGGACAUUCCGUAUCGAUGGUAGCGCUGCAUGGCGAAUUCCAUCUGCCCUCCAAGGCCUUCCGUCUCUUGUGCAACUUCUUGGUUUAUACUUCGUUCCAGAGAGCCCACGUUGGCUUAUAUCCAAGGAUAGAAGCAAUGAAGCGCUUGAAAUUCUUGCGAAAUACCACGCGGAAGGGGAUCAGUCCGAUCCGCUCGUUCUUUUCGAAUUCAACGACAUCCAAGAGGCUCUCCAAUAUGAGCGCACUUUGGCCGAGAAUACCUGGAUCGAAAGUUAUUUGCAGUUCACCCGUUCUAGUGGAAAUCGGAAGCGCUUGUUUAUUUUGUUCUGGAGCGCAUGUUUUGCCCAGAUGUCGGGCAACGCUUUUAUUUCAUACUACCUUUCGCCGGUUCUCUCGAGUGUGGGAUUAACAAGCAGUCUAGAGCAAACCUUGAUCAAUGCAACCCAACAGAUGCUUUCGUGGAUUUCCUCGUUAUAUUUCGCCACUCUUCCCAAUAAGCUUGGACGUCGAUUUCUAUUCCUCGGUUCAGGAACAAGCAUAUUUCUUUGUCUCGUUGGUAUCACUACUGGCAGUGCUAUGUUUGCCCAAGACGCUUCAAACAAAGCUGCAGGCGGCGCAGUCGUUGCCUUCCUCUAUCUGUUUUCACCAUGUUACAAUUUUGGUCUGAAUGGCAAUCUCGGUCUCUAUAUUGCAGAGACCCUGCCUUUCCAUCUUCGCAUGAGGGGUCAAGCUUUGUUCCAUCUUUUCUCCACUUGCUUCACCCUACUCUCGACCUACGCGUUUCCUAUUGGGCUCCAAAACAUCGCAUGGAAGUUCUAUAUCAUCUUUAUUCCGUGGGUGGCUAUCGAGUUUAUUGUUGUAUACUUCGUGUACCCGGAAACCAAGGGAUACUCACUUGAAGACAUCGCGAUAAUCUUCGAUGGAGAGAGUGCGGCUUCUCUCGGGCAUGACCUAUCUGCGGAUAGCAAGGAUCUUGAUGUUGAACAUUCUGAAAUCGUUCGCAAGUAG